CGGUUUCGCAGAAAGAAAACGGGUUUCUACCGCUUUGUCCGAUAAAAAUUAUGUAUACUUCCUUUGAGUAGCUUCGUCCUGAUGCUGUCGCCGAUGAUGGGGGUACUGGAAUGAUCAUUAUAGCUGUUGUUCUCGUUUUCAACAGCUGUUCUCGUGAUACUGGUUCUCGUUCGUUGAACAAAGCAAACCCACUUGACGGUAACUCCAUUCAAAGAUCGCCGUAUUCUGAAAAGUAUUUGUGGCCUGAUGGCGGUGAAGAAACUUUUAUUCUAGAGGCAACCUUGCAAGUGACAUCAUCGUUUGGAUGAGCCGAUUCCAUUUUGAAAAAGUAUUAAUCGAAUGUCAGUUCACGUUAACGGUAUUGUUUCUUAUCGCGUUCACAGUUUCCGCUUCUCAAGUGAAAUUGGUAGUGCUUAGUUUGAUGCUGCGGGUGAAUAUUGAAAAUGAAGUCGAUUUUUUUGGACUUUGUCCUAGUGUCAAUCAGUACAGUAGUGUUAGUAGGAUUGAAUGUUGAGGGAAACGAGCUGAAUUGUGGUAUGCGACAACAAAUAUCCAAGCCAGAGACAAAUCCAACGAUCAUCGGUGGAACGGAAACAAAACCAGGCAAAUGGCCCUGGCACGUUGCCAUAUAUCACUCGUUCCAGUAUGUCUGCGGUGGAACCAUUAUAUCCAAAACUUACGUUCUCACUGCAGCACAUUGUACCAUAAACCAAAGGACCAAAUAUCAACAGAAUGUAAAAAAUCUUUUCGUCGAUGCCGGUACACAUGAUCUAUUCACAUUGAACGAUAGACAGCGACAUUCCGUUAAAUCCGUUUCCAGUUUUAACAAUUAUACGUGGCAAAGUCAUCAAUACGAUAUCGCUAUUCUGGAGCUCGAUUCGGAAAUAAAGUUCAACCAAUAUGUCCAACCAGCGUGUGUGUUCCUUGAGCAAAAGCUUAAUGAUAAGGUUGGAACGGUUGUUGGAUGGGGACUAACAGAGUUCAAUGCAGCAUCGAGUAUUUUGAGAGAAGCACAAUUGCCAGUGGUAGAUACCAUUACCUGUCUGAAUAGUGACCCCGCGGCUUUCGGACCAACUUUGAAGAAAGAAAUGUUCUGCGCUGGCUACACAAAUGGCACUGGCGUAUGCAAUGGAGACAGCGGUGGAGGGCUAUUCUUUGAAAUCAACGGAGUGUGGUACUUAGGAGGAAUCACAUCGUUUACAAGGGCACGAGAUGAAGACAGCACCAUGUGCCAAACGAAAGGCUAUGCUGUUUUUACGAAGAUCCAUGACUACCUCUCGUGGAUAAGAGAAACAUCCAAUCUGAAGCAUCUCAUCGGUGAAGGAGAGGCCACCAACUCAAAGGUCUGCGUUGCCAACAACGUAAGUGCAACGAAUACCGACUGGAGUAAGCUUCCAAGAAAUUGUGGAGUCUACUAUCCGAAUCGGGUGUAUUUGGGCCAACGCACAAGAGUUUUCGAGUUCCCAUGGAUGGCGUUGUUGAUUCAUGCCAGUGGAUUUUGGCAAAGGGUUGGAAGCCUAAUCAGCCAUCGAUAUAUUCUAACUGGAGCGUUACCUUUUUUACCGAAAAACGUAAUCAGGGCCAGGCUGGGUGAGCACACAAUGGAUCAAGCAAUCGACUGCAAUGAAGACAGAGACUGUGCAGCUCCUGUACGCGACAUUGACAUCGAAUGCAUAAUUUACCAUCCACUAGCAAAACGCAAACAAUACACACAUGAUAUUGCCCUCGUCAGAUUAGCUAAACAUGUCUAUUUUGAAGAUCAUAUUCAGCCUAUUUGUCUCCCAACGAAGCCUGCAUUGAGGGAAAUGGAACCGCCUCGAUACAUUCUCACCGGUUGGGGUUCUGACGGGGAGGAUGUGGAAUCUUCAGUUUUGCUGAAAGGAGUCAUUUCAACAUUUGACCUGGCGGAUUGUCAAAUGAUUGCUAGCAAUAUAUCGUCCGAAAAAACAGAUUAUGUAACUAGUAAUCAGUUCUGUAGUAAAAACGAUGGCGAAGUAAAUGCAUCAUAUGGUGACAACGGAGCACCCGUAGGAUAUCCGGUUAAACAUAACGGCAUACGUUUCGUUCAGUUCGGUAUCGUUUCAUUCAAUCUUCAUUAUUACAAUGGAAGUAGCUAUCGUGUGUAUACAAAGGUUGGCUCCUAUAUGGACUGGAUUUUGGCAAAUAUCGUACCGUAGACAGUUCAUGGAUGAAUUACAGUCCUGCAGAUGGUUUCCAUGAAUCAAUCGACCACAAACCAUAACAAAGCAAUCCAUGACCAGUUGUCGCGAUGGGAGUGA